GCACGGGGCACCAGCCACAGGGCACCGGGCACCAGCCACAGGGCACCGGCCACCGGCCAUGGGCCGCGCCGCGCCCUGGCCGCGGGCAUGACAGCGCGGCCGCGCCCGGAGCUGUGCCGCGGGCUCCGCACGGAGCCAGAAGAUGAAGCCCGUAGUCCAAAGAAGACGAUCUACCCCAUCUGCCAUUUCUAAAGCUCUCAGCAAGUCAAAGUCCCAUUCCAGGGAAACUACCCUUUUCUCUUCCCAUUUGGACAAUGGACUGCCAAGUAGGGUGUUCAGCAGCCCAGGCUCCACCUUCAUCCUGGAUGAGCGAGUACAGCUAACUGUGGGCCUGCAGACCCAGGAAAGACAUCUGAUCUUGUUCAGCGAUGUGGUGGUCAUUGCCAAGUCCAAAUCCUCCUCCAGCCUGAAGCUGAAAAAGCAAGUGCAUCUGAGUGAAGUGUGGACUGGCACCUGCCUCAGCGAAGUGACAGAGAAAAAAAUGAGUCCUGAGAAUUCAUUUGUCAUUGGCUGGCCUACCACCAACUAUGUUGUCACCUUCAGCUCAGCUGAUGUGAAGGAACGAUGGCUGUCAGCGUUACUGUGGCAUAUCAGUGAGGUAAAACAGAAUGAAUACCUGAAGAAUCUGACCCUUCAGAUCUUUGUGCUGGAUGACAACAACUGUUCUUCUACUACUGCAGUCAAUGUGUCCAAUGUGGAAACUGCAGAGAGUGUGAUGAAGAAGACCCUUCUACAGCUUGGGCUCCCUGGUAGGACCAGUGAACACCACCUCUGGGUGGUCUCGGGAAAAGAUGAGCCUGCUUACCCUCUCAUUGGGCACGAACAUCCCUUCAGUAUCGCACUGAGCUGUCUCCGGGACUCUGCUGACCAGCAACAAAGAACCAACAAUAACACUCUUCUGGCUGAUGGGACAGAGGCUUCCUUCCUUGCUCAGCUCCCAAAGGAAAAGCAGUGUCAGUUUGUCCUGAAACGCAGACUCCAAGCUCCAAUGCAGCUGAGGAGAGAGUCACUGCAGAAACACACCAAGAGGAAGAAGUCCUUGAUUGACUGGGCCCUACGCCGCAGCACCAGCACUCCCACGGGCAGCCCUCCUUCACAGUCACCUACUACCCCACGGAAGCUCUUCGGCCUGUCCCUGACCUCUGUCUGUCCUGAUGGGAUCCUUCCCAAGCCAAUUAUGGAUAUGCUGCUCCUGUUGUACCAUGAAGGUCCCUCUACUAGGGGCAUUUUCAGACGGUCUGCCAAUGCCAAGACUUGCAAGGAGUUGAAAGAGAAGCUGAACUCUGGAGAUGAUGUUCAGGUGGAUGGAGAGUCAGUCUUUGUGGCUGCAGCUGUCAUCACGGAUUUUCUCCGAAAUAUACCUGACAGUGUUCUAUCCUCAGACUUGCAUGGACUGUGGAUGGAAGCUGUGGACACGGAAAAUCGGGCACAUAAGAUUGAAGCUAUCAAAAGUCUUGUCAACCAGCUUCCAGAGGCUAACCUCAUCUUACUCAGACACCUCUUUGGAGUCCUCCAUCAUAUUGAGCAGAAUUCCGGCGUGAAUCAAAUGAAUGCCUUUAACCUGGCUCUUUGCAUAGCACCCAAUAUGCUGUGGCUACCAAGUCCCACUGGGCCUGAGGAGGAGAGCCAGUCUACAAAGAAGGUGGCCUUGUUAGUGCAGUUCCUGAUUGAAAACUCAGGAGAGAUUUUCGGAGGUGAUAUUGCUUCCUUGUUUCAAAAACCUGACAAAAAGAAGUCCAAAAACUCAGCAGAAUCUCUGGGCAUAGGCUUGGCUCAGCAUGGUGAUUCCUCUGAUGAGUUGGAGUUUUCUGCUUGUGACCCAGAGGGGCCAAAGCACCACCUGGAACCUGAAACAGAUGCCAUUUUUGAAGCACCCAGCAGCUUGUUACUGAAUGAGGAUCUGGAGGACUGGGACUUGUUCAGUGAGAUCACAGCCUGUUACCAAAGCAAAGCCCGAAUGAAUGCCAGUGCAGACAGUUGUGACCUCCUGGAAGAGGAUAGUUCUUUCUGCUCCAUCGGCUCCACCCACUCGCUCAGCCUGGCCCUGGACCGGUGCUCAUCAGAACCCAGUGUCUGCCUGAGCUCCCAGCUCCCUGCCCAGGGCCACGAGCCGGUGGCCCGCCAGUCCAGCUGCGAUGCCACCAUCAUGCGCAGCCACACAGAUUACAUGCACAGGCUCAGGCAGCUGCAAGUGGAGAGCCAGAAGCUGAUUGAUGAAGGUCUAAGCCCUGGGGUUAAUAAGGUCAGGCAGAACUUGCGGCAAUCACCUCAGACCAGCUCCAGGGUGAAGCAGCUCAGCCUUCAGAAGUCCAGCCCGUCCAACAGGUCCAGCUUCUCCAGCCUGUCCUCUACCACCACCUCCCCAUCUGCUUCCUCACUCAGCUCCUUAGACAGUGCUUUCUCGUACUGCUCAGAGUCAUCAGCCGUUAGUCCCACAGAUGUCUCAUCUCAGCCGUUCAUGUUUGGCACUUCUGCCAGGCUUCAUGCUGUGUCCCCCAAGGUUGCCAAGAGGUCCCCAAAAGAGUGGCACAAAUCCCUCAUGUCUCCUGUGCUUUUACCUCCAUGUGACCUGGAUAGUUUCCAUGAGUAUGAACCCAAGCCUGGAGAGAGCAGUCAUUGCUUUGGAGAGAGGAAUAGUUUUCCAUCUGUCAGCAGAGCUGCUGUGAGAAGCCCACUCACUGACAUUGACUGGGAAGAAGAGGAGAUACAGCUGAGUUGUGCAGGGUGCCACAGCCUGGGGCUCAGGAACCAGGAUUAUACCAAAGAAAUUGAACAAAAACCUGAAUUCCCAGCUGCCAGCCCAUCCAGCAAGACAUCCCCACAGGUCAGCCACCAGCAGCACAGGGAGAAGACAGUGAAGAACAUAGAAACCAAAAGCAUUGAUGCUUGCCUGCUGAGCCAGGAAAGCCUGAAGCGCACUAAGAUCACUUUUUAUGUAGCCCCAGAUAAAGAAAGCUCUUGGGGGUCCCCAGUGGGAGAGGAGAAGGGGGAGAGAUCUGUGGCAAACAUCAGCAGUUGUGACUUGCCUAGCAGCAGCAAUGAGCAGAGCCGGUCCAAGGGUUUGCAGACUGUAAGAGUCCACAUCCCCCAGACAGUUUUCUAUGGGCAGAACACCCCCCUUGUUCUGCAGUCCAUCUCCAGGCGUUACCACCAUGAACCAAAGGUCCCACCCCCACAUGCCAAGCACAAAGAGAGCCCCCAGAGUGCCUCCACUCCCGAGGAGCUGGAGAGCCAGCCAGUGGAAACGGCGCAGGCGCCAACCCAGAGCGAGGGCUUUGACACCUUCAGCCAUACCAUCCACAUCAUCCUCCCUGCCUACAUCCGAAAAACCAUCAGGGAGUAUUUCAAGCACGAUGAAACAGAGCCCUGUCCCACGGUGGAAGUGGAAGCAGUGGAGAAUGAACUCCUCCAGAGCAGGGUGGAGUGGCUCAGGAGUCAACCGCUGGCAGACGUGGCUGCAGAGGAGCGUGACACGGUGGCCUUUGCCGAAGAAACAUUUGUCUAGGGCAAUGGAUGUGGAGGAACUAAAUAUUUUUUUGUGUACGUGCAACAGAAAAUAUUCUGUAAUGUGUGAUCAGGGUGCAAAGAAUUUAGCAGGCUGCAUGGGACGACAAGUGUAAAGUGACACUAAUGUGUAUGUAAUGUUGGGAUUCAAUAAUCAUUUUGGUAGGAAGGGUGGGGACAGGGGGGUUGUCCUUCUGUUUUCUUUAUGCCCUUUUUUGAUGGAAGAGAUUUCACUGGCUGGGUGUGUAGUGGGGUAAAUGCCACCACACUCUCCCUGUCCAUUAAUUAGCUGACCUGUACAGGGCCUGACUCUAUUUCUUUUUAUAGCAGGAAAGGAGAAUCUCUGCUUUAGUUUCUCCAGUUAGCUGCCGAUGUACGUGGAUGACUGGAGAAUUGAGACAGCUCUUGCUCUGUCAGAAUUAGUUAAAAAUCUUUACACUUGCACAAAACUUACCAUUAUUCACUGUUCAUCACCACCAUUCAUCCAAAGGAAGAUCCUUCAGCACCAUUCCAGAAAUCACUGCUCCUUUGCUCUGCUCGUCUGUUGUCCCCCAUGGUCUAACUCACAGCCCACAUCCAUUACUGGUUGAGUCUGGGUUCCAAAAAUACCAACUGGAGCCCAGAGUCCAAAGUCCAGCACUCACUGACAGACAGCAUAUGUCACAUUUUAACCUCAAGAUUGCUUCUUCCCCAAUUAAUUGUGCAUUAAUUCUUUCAUACCUUCCCCAAAGCUAGCAUUUGAGAGAGAGACAGUUGCUAUGAAGGACUUUAGCACUGUCACUUUGACACGGCUAUGAAUGUUCUUCAGUGUCCUCUGGGAGUAGCUGGUCGUUUCAGUCCCAGUGAAAGGUGACAUUAUUUUUCUGUAAAUGAUGUCCCUUUCCAGAGGCAGUAUGGAUGGAGCAUAAUAAUCAAAUAAUAAUCAAAUUCCUAGUCAUGCUAAGAGGGACUUGAGCAGGGCUUGGCUUUAGCAUGAGAUCAAACAGUUGUGGAAGUUGUCAACAAUGUUGUCAAGUGGAUGCUGAAGCAAAGUCCUAUCUAGCCAGAAAGUUGUCAGUCCAUACGCUGAGACUGCCCAGGCUUCAACAGCACUGAUGCUGGCUCAGAGAAGCACUAUAGUUCCCACCCAGAGUACAUGGCCCAGUGCACUCCAGCAGAAUUAAGUUUGGAGAAGUUCCAGGCAGGGAUGCACUAAGCAGGUUGCUGGUGGGGACCACCAAAGAGAGACAGCCAGUGGACUCCUGGAGCAUCCCCAUGAUUCCACUCAAAGCCAUGUUCAGAAGCACCAUAGCCAUCAUGGGGCUUGUUAGAGGAUUGUAAUGCUGCCAGCUGAGCUCUAAAAAGAUGCUGAGAGCACCACAUCAGCUUGAUAGGGAAAAGUCUCAAUGGUUAAAAGGUUUGGGAUGGUUCAUUUGAAAGUUGCAUGAGAGUUUUCUAUGGCGGUUUCUCUCAGAGCCACACUUCUUUUACUCAGUGUAUAGUGAAUGGGUGAAGGACAAGAGAAAAGCAUGAAUCCUAAUGACUGAAAGGUAGUGCUGAUGGAGUAAGUGCCCCUGCAAGCUACUGAGUGUCUGUGAUUAGCCAGAGCUGGAGCUGCUUGACAACUGCCAUGGUUUAGUCCUUGCACAGAGGGGGAAGCCACUGCUGUAAAAUGAUUUAGGAGGUGUCAGAUCCCUCCACUCAUCUGCCAGGUGCCUGUGAGGGUCAGUGACAGGAACCUGGCCCAGUACUCCAAAUUCACACCAUCAAAUACUGGGGCAGGGGAGCCAGGAGGAAGCCCAGAGCCCUCUUUCCAAGCUGUAUAGGGUUUGUUUUGUUAGAUACUGGGUGUUUAACGCUGAGAUGUGGCGCACUCUGUCUCUGAUCACCUUUGUGCCCCUUGUAUAAUGAAAGGUGUAUAUAAUCAUAACGCAACCCCCUCACCACCAUCAUUUUCCUCAUACAUGAACAGCAACAAGGCAUUCACAGUCUUUUUUCCAGAGUUGCAGUUGUAACUAUUUCAAUAAAGGACACACAAGUUGUCA